AUGACCACUCGCGUAAAACUUCGAGCAAAUAUGCCAACCAUUUAUAAUCAAAAUAAAGUGAGAGUACCAGAUCCAUUUCUUGUGGAACAAGUAAUUAAUUCUAUAGGACAAGAAACUCUCGAAGUGAUCUUACGACAAGUAUUUUUACCUAUAAAGGAACUAAUCGCCCCAUUACCAAAAAAAUUACGCUCAAAUAAAAUUCCUAGACCUCAAAAUCAUUUUUUAAUUUAUCGAAGGGAUUUUCAAGCCAAAUUAAUUUUUGAAAAGGGUUCACAAUUCGCCUCAAAAUUAGAUUACGUUUCAAAAGAUGCUUCAAAAAGUUGGAGUAAAAUUUCUACCGGUAUUAAGAAUGUUUAUAUUUGUUUGGCUCAAUUGGCCAAAAAAGUUCAUGCAGCGACUUACCCGGGAUAUGUUUAUCAACCGAAAAAAAGGAUCGAAAGAAUUAAUCCUAUCGCUAUUGCUUCUUCUUUUAAAGUUUCUGGUCUUUCAAAUAUUGAUUCUCUUACUAUUGAUUAUUCAAAUUCACUUGAUCCCUCUUUACCUAUUCUCACUUCACCUGCUGAUAUUUACAAUAAUUAUUAUCAACCAUGCUUUUAUGACACCACUUCCCCUAUUUCACCAAAUUGUGCACCUUUUAAUGAUACAGAACGGGAGAAUUCAUUAUCGGAAGAAAGUUUCACCUCGCAUACGACUAAUGAAUCUUCUGGUUCCCGUUUUCUUUUACCUCAACUUGAACAUUGUAUUCCUAUUUACAUAACCGAUCCUUAUGACCGUAAAAUGGUCAAUCAAUUACCCUUGGCAUUUUAA